CGCGCCGCGUGGUGGCAGCCCCAAAUUGCAGAGGCACGCCCCAGCCCCGGUCCUGCUCGCCUCCCAGGCCUCGAGGGGGCGUCUGGCCUGCGCGGGAUGGCCUUCUACGCGGCGUCCCCUCUGCGGAGCCCCCCGGGGCUGCUCCUGGUCAUCGCUCUGCACGCAGCCCUCUACCUGCGCCCAGCCAAGGCCGCGGCGCCCCCGCGAAGGGACUACUGCGUCCUGGGCGCGGGGCCCGCGGGCCUGCAGAUGGCCUACUUCCUGCAGCGGGCCGGGAGGGACUACGUGGUGUUCGACCGCGCCCCAGGGCCCGGCAGCUUCUUCACUCGCUACCCGCGGCACCGCAAGCUCAUCAGCAUCAACAAGCAGUACACUGGCAAGGCCAACGCCGAGUUCAACCUCCGCCACGACUGGAACUCUCUGCUCAGCCACGACCCCAGGCUGCUCUUCAGACACUACUCCCGGGCCUACUUCCCUGACGCCGGGGACAUGGUGCGCUACCUGGGUGACUUUGCAGGCAGGCUGGGGCUCCGUGUGCUGUACAACACGGCCAUUGCCCACGUCACUCUGGACAAGGAUCCGCAGGCCUGGAAUGGCCAUUACUUCACCCUGACUGAUCAGAAGGGCCAGGUGUACCAGUGCAGCGUCCUCUUUGUCGCCACUGGACUGUCAGUCCCCAACCAGGUUGACUUCCCCGGGUCCGAGUACGCGGAGGGGUACGAGUCGGUGUCCGUGGACCCCAGGGACUUCGCGGGCCAGAACGUGCUGAUCCUGGGCCGCGGGAACUCGGCCUUCGAGAUGGCUGAGAACAUCUUGGGCGUCACCAACUUCAUCCACAUGCUGAGCCGCUCCCGCGUCCGGCUCUCCUGGGCCACGCACUACGUGGGAGACCUCAGGGCCAUCAACAACGGCCUGCUGGACACCUACCAGCUGAAGUCCCUGGACGGGCUCCUGGAGUCCGACGUGACGGAUCUGGCCCUCGUGAAGGACCGUGAGGGCAGGCUCCACGUCACCCUCAAGUUUUUCCUGGAGGAAGCCAACCAGAGUGCCGACGCCGUCCCCCUCCCUCAGGACGACAGCGACAACUUCGCCAUGCGCGUGGCCUACGACCGCGUCAUCCGCUGCCUGGGCUGGAACUUCGACUUCUCCAUUUUCGACAAGUCCCUCAGACUGUCCUCGGGGGGCGAGUUCAGCAAGAAGUACCCACUGGUCAGAGCUAACUACGAGUCCAAAGGCAGCCGGGGUCUCUUUGUCCUGGGCGCCGCCAGCCACUCCGUGGACUACCGCAAGUCCGCCGGGGGCUUCAUCCACGGGUUCCGAUACACAGUGCGUGCUGUUCACCGGCUGCUGGAGCUCCGCCACCACGGCGUGGCCUGGCCCUCCCCCCGGCGCCCCAUCACGCAGCUGACCAGCUCCAUCAUCCGGCGCGUGAACGAGGCUUCUGGGCUCUACCAGAUGUUCAGCGUGCUGGGCGACGUCGUCCUGCUGGAGGAGAAUGCCACCGCAUUCGAGUACCUGGAGGAGUUCCCCGUGCAGUUGCUGGCCCAGCUGGAGACCGUCACGGGGCGGCAGGCCCGCCACGGGCUCUUUGUCAUCACCAUGGAGUACGGCAGAAACUUCUCCGGGCCCGACAAGGACGUCUUCUUCUAUGACCGGUCCGUGGGCCACAUGAAGGACGCCUGGCAGUCGAACUUCCUCCACCCGGUCAUCUACUACUACCGGCACCUGCCCACUGAGCAGGAGGUGAGGUACCGCCCGGCACACUGGCCGCUGCCCCGGCCGGCGGCCAUCCACCACAUCGUGGAGGACUUCCUCACGGACUGGACCGCCCCGGUGGGGCACAUCCUGCCUCUGAGGCGCUUCCUGGAGAACUGUCUGGACACCGACCUGCGAAGCUUCUAUGCAGAGUCCUGCUUCCACUUCGCCCUGACGCGCCAGAAGCUGCCACCCUUCUGCCAGCAGGGCUACCUGAGCAGGCGUGGGCUGGUGGGGACCGAGCGGCUCCGGCAGCUGGGAGUGGACAGCGGGUUCCUCCGGACCUCCGCCGCUGUGGGCCGGCGCCCUCGGGACGGCGGGCAGCGGCCCGGCCACCCUGAGCCCAUCCAUCAGCCCCCAACUCCAGCGCCUCCGGUCCAGCCCCAGGACAGCAACAAGGAGGAGCUGUGACAGCUGCCCCCGCCCCCGCCCCCGCCCCGACAUGUGAUUGCCAAGGCCCAGGGACCACACAGCAGCGCCCGGGCCCUGCGGCGGGCACGAGGACCCAGCGGGGCAGCUGUGCGUCCCCCUCCCUGCUGGCCCCUGUGGGUGCCCCAGUGGGGUCUGGAGAAGGGCAUCCUGCCCCGGCAAGUGGGAGCCGCUUUCUACACCCAGGCUUGUCCACAGGGGGCCUGGGCACUGGGGCCUCGGGGCCCCGAGGCAGCAACUCCGGCUGCUCCUCCCAGGAAGCCGCGUGUAGCCCUUGGGAGCCCAUCACUGGGAAGCCCACCCUGGCCCUCACCGGGGGGCCGGCACACCUAAAUAAGGCUCUAGGUGACCUCAGCCAUGUGGGGCAGGUGGGACGGUGAAGACCCCCCCUUACAGGUUUGGGGGACCCCGAGUCUCUAGGUAGCCCUAAGCCCACUCUGUCAGGCCAUGGCCCCGACCUUCCCUCCCUCCCCUGCCUGUUUGCAGGAUGCGGGAGUCAGCCAGGCUUACACUAGGCCUUGGGCUGCCACCAGCAGCCAGGGCAGGACUCGCCCGCACAGCUGCUGCUCUCAGCGGGGACCCCUGAGCGGCACACCUCCCAGCCUCCCGCAGGGCCGCUCCCCCGACCUGUGUUCUGUCCCCGAGCCCCCUCCCAGCACCCCCUCCGACUGCAGAGAGGCCUCUGCACACUCCGGCUGGCCUUUGGCGCCCGCCCGCUGUGUGUGCCAGCUCAGCCCUCAGCGGCUUGGUGACACGCAGGUGCGCUCAGCCCCGCUUCCCUGUCUUCAGUCCCACUUAGCGGUCGCUCUGGGAAAGCACUUCCGUAGAAAGGGGUCCAGCUGAUCUCUCGAAGCCCAGGACCAGAGGUGGGUGCUCACCCACUGGCUCCUGCUGCCCUCCCGCCACUCAGCCCUCAGGGCCCAGGGGUUCUGGGCCAAAGCCCUUUCCAGAAGCAUCCUCGUCCUCUCAGGGCUAGUCCAGAAUCCCCGUCCCGAGCCCACCCUCGGCAGAGGCCGCUCCCUCCAUCCCAGCAGCGGGGCCUGUGGGGAAGGCGGGUCCAUCCCAGGGCGACGUGGUUUGUAGCCGGAAGUUCUCUCCUGGCCCCAGGUGCUGGGUUCCCAUGGUUCAUGAAGCUGCAGGUCAUUCCAAACUGAGAAUCUGGAAAAUUUUACCCUUACCAAACCCCUCUUAGAAAAGGAAUCUUCCCGCUAAGCUCACACCCGACAUCCUUUACACACUUGUCACCAGUUACCAAGGGCUGAGCCCCUCCAUGGAAACUCGAGGUGCUGUAACAGGUACUUGUCAGGCCUAAAGCAGGCCAUCUGCCUCCUGUUAGUUCAGAGCGUCAGCUGGCAGAGCUGGCGCUAGGAAGACGAGCGUCUGUUCUUGCUCAGCGCCUGAGAGACGGCUGCCGUGGUGGUCUCGCUCUAAGUGAGGAGCUGGCAUCAAACAGGGAGCAGCUGCUUUUCCCGUGAAGCUCCUUGCUGCCUUGGCAGGAGAGCAUACUUAGAUACCACCGCCCCGCCCCACCCCACCGUCCCUGACCUUCACUCAAACCCUGGGCCCCCAGACCACAGCUUCCUUUUUUACUCAAAUUUGGACGGCUCUCUAGCACUCUUUAACUGGACUAAGUUCCUCUUCCCACUGAGGCCUGACUUCAUUAAUUCCUUUUUUUUUUUUAAAUAUUAUAAAGUUGCUGGUGCAAAAUAGGCAACUCAGUGAAACAGGAGGCCAGACUGAGCCUAUUCUAAGAAGGACGGGAUUUGAAAAAGAAACCACAAACCAGGAGAACAGAUUGUGCAGGACCGUGCAGUUAGAGGUGGACCAGCUGGUUAGUGAUUUAGAAAUGGAAAUAAAUCCCUUCGGCCCCUUGUUGCACACAGCAAAUCAACUCCAGAUGAGCUUUUUCAACCCAUGUAGAAACAAAGUGGAGAGAGAGGCACAGUAAAGGCUUCCCAAGUUCAGAAGCUGCAGUAAUUUCCCGGAUGCAAGGGUUAACACCUCCAGGUGUACCCAGCUAACCUCUGCUUAAUGUGACAGGUGGUGGCAGUUUUCAAAAUAAAAGGCAGAUGCAGCAGAAUCCACACACAAAAUAAAUGAACACGUGUGUUUCUCAGCUAAAGAGCUGAUUGAACGAGAGAAAUGAAUCAUUGAAGAACUGACUGACUCAACCCGUGGAAUACUCUACAGCUCUUAAAAAGUCAAAUGUGUGAAAGGCUGCGGACUAGGAGCACAUGUGUGAUAAAGUGAAAAGCAGCAAGUUAUGAAAUUGUAGUUGCAACCCCUUGUCACUGUGUCACUACAAAUAGGGGAAAUGAUGGAAAGGAAAUAUCAAGAUGUCCUCAGGGGUUGGAUUCCAUUUGUGGAAGUGAUUUCUUUUCACUUAUGUCCAAAUGUGUAGUUAAACUUGACAGUGAAAUAAACACAUUUA